GUCAACAAGGCAGCUGGGUUUGUUACUGUCUAUUGUGCUGUAACGGCCGGUUAUUUGUUUCUUGUCGAGCCGCAAAGCCUUUAAACCACCAAAGACACGUUAAACUCUGCUAAAAAAAUUGUUUAAAUGUUUAAAUACUUUUUUCAGUAGCCGAAAGGUACCUGUUUCAGACUUAAUUAUUUAUCACUUUUGUUCGCUGAGAGGGAACAGCGCGGCGGUGUGACCAUAGCCUCUCUCUCACACACACACAUCGCCUCAUGGAGAGGACUGAAACAUGAAAAAAAACACGUUUUUUCUCUCCAACAUGGCUCCAAAGUGAACCAACUCUUCUGCAGCACACUCUUCACUUUCAGCCCUUCAGUGAUAUCAUGCCGCUUUGCACAAGAUGACUGACUUAAAUCAUGAGCAUUUAAAGGAAAACGGAAAGCAUGUGGGAAAAACACUGGACUGGACCUACAUCGAAUGGCACGAUGAGGACAUGGCCAAAACUGUGGACACUCACACCCAAACAUCUCAGGAGCCAGCCGUGGACAAAGAGACCCAAACGAGCAAUCCGGUCCUGAUGCGAAUGGAGCUGUCCAGAACACCCUCCAGACUGAGAUGUGGCUCGCUGGGCGAGGUGGAUGCCAUACCCACACCGCUCUUUCAGUUUGACAGGCAGGCACCUGCUCGCAUCUCCACAUCUCCCACUCUGAGGAGGAUGAGGAGCACCAGGCUUCCUUGCCGUGAUGCAGGGUGGAUAGGCAGCACUCAGGAGGAGCCUGGCACUCCCCCACCAAGGAGUCCUCUGUCACCUGCACACCAUCAGAAAUCUCCCCUCGCUACAGUUGUGAACCAGUCUAAUGGGAACGGUCACUCUAAUGACUUGGGGACUCCUGGAAAGGUCAGAUCUCACAGAUCAAAGACAAUUAGCAGCAGUGGCCUUCACUUGACGCAGGAGUGUCUGAGUGUAAAUGAAAGCGCUGAUACUGAUGAUGAUACUGGAGAGGUGAAAGAGCCAAGUCAUAAAAGCAGGCUGCAGGAAAGAAGGCGGAGCUCUGUGGUGGUCACUCUUCCUGGAUUGGACGUUUCUCCCGGUGAUCUUUUUGUUUCCAAUGGUGCUGUCGAUAUUUUAAACCGCUCCACGUUUUCAGAUACGAAGAAAUCAAAGUGGCCUUUUUCAAAACGUACUAUGAAUAAAGGCAGGACACGCAUAACUGCAGACAUUGAAAAAUGUCUCUCAGCCAUUCAGAUCCAGGAGUGGAGAAACACACAUUUUCAGCAGUACAAGGAUUUGACUUUGGAGGAGUUUCUGAGAAGUCAGCCUGAGCUGAGGGCAGAAGAAGAGCCAAAAGCACACAAAAGACAGGAGGCCCUCUGGGAGCUCUUCACCAGCGAGUGUGUGUACUUCCUAGACCAGUUAAUGGUGCUGAAAGAGGUAUUUCUGAAUACUCUGUCAGACUUGCAGAUGAGGGAUUGUCUACAAGACAUUGACUCCUGGGCACUCUUUGCCAACCUCAAUGAGCUGUGCCUGGUUAGCUUUGGCUUCCUAACCAGUCUGCUGCGUGUGAUUAAAGAGCUGUGGGCCACUUCAGAGCCUCCAGAAACCAAUAGCACAGAGGCCCUGCUGGCCAUUCUCAAAAAGGCUUUUGGUGAGAGCAUUUGUCACUGUCUGCAGAAAUACUGUCUGAACUACAGCAAAGCUGUCCUCUAUUUAGACACCCUGAAGGCCAGGGAGGACGUCAGCAUCUACGUGAAGUGGUGUGAGAGGAAGGAACAGUGUCGUAGGCUGCAGUUGAAGGAUCUUCUGGUGACUCCUUUGCAGAGGUUCACACGUUACCCUCUCAUCCUGAAGAACAUGGAGAAGAGGAGUUGCACAGAGGCAGAGGAGAGCGCCUUACAGAGCGUAGUGGAGCUGGUGGACAGAGCCAUACAUGAUCUGGAGGGCAAGGUGAAGUGGUUGGAUAACUAUCAGAAAGUCAAGCAGCUGAAAGAAGCCUUGGUCUGGCUCCCAGUGUGGGAAAGAGACAAGAGAGCAAAUGUUCCAGAGAAUCUGAAACACUUGCUGAAAGCUGUCGCUUUGGAAAACCUGGUCUCUCACCGUAGUCUCCGAUACGAGGGAAAGCUUGCACUCACAGAGAAUUCAAAGCUGAAUGAUGUUUACGUGUUUCUGUUUGAUGAAUUCCUCCUGAUCACCAAGGUCAAACGAAAUAAAAAGAAGUCUGUAGCUGGGGAGAUGCACCCUGUGCGCUCUGCGGCUGGCCAGGAGCUGGAGCAGUUAUUGCAGGAGGGCUGCAGCUUCACCGUGCUGGAUCAACCCAUCUCACUGGACCGCCUGCAGCUCAGGAACAUAGACCAGCUUAACGCUACAGCCUCUGGCUUUCCCUGUUCUUUCAUUAUAAUGCACCAGAAUCGUUAUCAGCAGUGCAUCGGUGUCUUCAUUCUUCAGGCCCCGAGUGAGUCCGUUAAGAAAGCAUGGCUGGCUGAGAUUGAGGAGGCGGUCGGUGAUGUGCUGAAGCGGGACUCUCAGCACCCUCGGCUGAAGAGCUCUUCUCUCUAUGUGGAGUCUUCUCAGAUCUAACUCUCAUCACACACUCAGAAUCUGACCAUCAGAGGAGGUGGCCCACGUCAGUACUGCUGCCUAAUAACAUCACAUGACUGGGACUAAUAAUAUGGGUUCUACUUGACUGGCCAAGAUCCCAGCAUGGCUGUAGAGUCUCACAUCUGACCUUCAAAUCCGUGUUAAUCCACUUGAAGAGGUUUAUUCAGGUCAGACAGCAGUGUCGGGGCAAAGUCACCUGUGUCACAAAUGACACAAUUACAUAGCUGUAAUGCAAACUGAACUGUUGCUGUAACCUGACACCCACUGAAGACUAAAUGUGCCACAGGAGUGGAAUAUUACACCUCUGAAAUUCAGCCAAAAUGGACGUUCCUGCUUUUAUUAGUACCAUUUGUGGUUUUCUUUUUUUUUUUUUUUUUAAUUAAAGUUUCCAUUGAAACUGAACUGUGGCCUGCUGUUUUACAUUGGGACUGUAAAAGGUUGCAUUUAUAGCAGCGGCCUGUAGUGUGCUACAUGAUAGCAAGAGAAUUUCAGGAAUAUCAUAUAAUAUGAUAUACAAAAAUAUCAUAUAAUAUGUAAAGGACAUUUUUUAUGAUAAAAAGGAACCAGUAUAAUGUGCUUCAUUUCCUUUGAUAAUUUAUGUCAAAGGGUCUCGUUUAUCUUAGUAAAGUUGUUUGUAACUGUUUUCAUAGACCAAACUCAAGUAAAAAUUCCCACCUGAUUUACAAAAGUUUUGGUUAUGCCGAUUUUCUUCAUACUCGGGGGCGUAUGCAGACAUGUGGCUGUGGCAACCCCUGACGCAAGCAGCCAAAAGAACAACAAUUCUCAGCACAUCUGAUUUCGUGAUGCCCACAAAACUCCAUAAAGAGCAAAGCCCAAAGAGCUGAAAGGCGAAAGAGUGCCUCAGAGGCACAAUGCCAUAAUGCAGCUCAGCCACUGCAGUGUGUCAGCUACCAAAGACACAUACUAAUGCAUAUUGUAUAGGGUGCCAUUACUUUGUCCUAAUUGAACAGCUAGUCUAAUUUAUCUUAAUUUAUGGAUUUGUUAUUAGUCAAUAUGAAGCAACCAAGUCUGAAACAUUUUAAUUAAAUUUGUACAUGCAAAUGAACUAAAGUUAUUUAAACUCAACAGUGUAAUCUGUACAUAUGCAUACAAUACAGCAUAUUGUAUUGUUUGAUACAAGGCUUUUGAUUCAGUAUGUCUGUCCAUCAAAUAAUACAUUUAACAGCCUACAUAAUAAAGUAGACUAUUCAUCAUAAAAUAUACCUUAUAUGAGAUGUAAUAAACAGUUCAACUUAAUCAAGCCCACACUCUCCCCUCUGAAAAAGUAGCCUCCUCUUUGUGUUGGAUCAGGAUAGGCUACAGCUACACACACACACACACACACACACACACACACACACACACACACACUCUCUGCUGCUUUGUAACAGCAUUUCCAAGGUGAUUGGAAAUAGUGGAAAAGGCAGGAUUUAAAAAAAAAAAAAAGCUACAGAUUUUAAAGUUAUUUUAAAAUUUUAAACUACAGAUAGGUGUGUGACUUCAGACAUGCCCCCUUGAGAACGUUCACACCAGCAGGGUUGCCAGGGUUGUUUUCUUUACACCAAAUUGGGAGAGUUUUGAAACAAAACUAAAUUGUCUGUUAAAGCACAAAGACUUAGACAAAAUUUUGCUGAGAACUGGCAACCAGUGAAAGCUUAGCCAGAGUGCUAAUGUUUAAUUUUGUUACAUUCUAAUGCACAGCUGUUGUUUUCUUAUAUGCUGCUAAGAGUCUCAAUGGAUCACACAAACUGUCAUUAUUAAGUUUCAAUUAUAAUUUUUAUAAUGUUGAAUGUUUUAAAAAUGAAAAUGGAAACCCAAGGCAUGUCUUCAUGCAAUGCUUAUUUUUGUCAUAUUGAAAAUGUAUUAUAUCGAAA